CAAUCCAGGCAAAAUGAAGGAAAAGUGUCGGUUAUGUUUAACUCUGCUGGAGUUUAGUGAGUCUAUUUCACUGUCGGAUUCCGAAUUUUAUAUGAAACUAGCAACGUUGUUCCAGUUCAAUAUACUCGUCGAUAAUGCUCUGCCGAAUCAAGUUUGCUCCGUAUGCCAAUCGUCUGUGAACUCGUUCUACACCUUUCACCAGGAUGUGGAAGCCAACCAAAUGCUACUGCUGGCUCUGCAGAACGACAAAGAUCCGAUUGCUAACUUCCUUCCCGAAACCAGAGUAGAGGAGUGUGUGGUUGAGAUCCUACGGGAAACGGCACACAAUGAUGAUGAUGAUGAUAAUGACGACGAAGAGGCGAUGGAGGACGAUAGUGCAUCACAGCUGGUAGAAUACGAACAGGAUGUGGAGAUUCACGUCAAUGACAACAGUUUGGAUGAUGAAAGUGGGCAAGAUGGAGCCCUCGCAAGUGGAGACGAUGGAGACGGGGGAGAGCAGGUAAAUGUAAAGACUGAAGAUGAAGCAACACACCAAGAGGUGCUGGCUGUAGCUCGUGAGGGCGAAGAGGAAAUCAAACCACGACGGAGAGGACGCCCACCAGGGAAGCGUAAUCGCAAGGAAAGCAUCAGUCCUGUUAAGAAAGCGGACGCAAAGAAGCAAAACGACAAAGAAAAGGAAGGCCGGAUUGCGGAGUAUGUCAGCUUAGAAUGUGAGAUCUGCUUAAUGUCGUUGGAUAGCUUUGUGCAGCUGCAGCUGCAUUAUCGUGAAGCCCAUGGGACUGCGGGGUACGUAAGAUGCUGUAACAAAAUAUUCUUUCGGCGGUAUCUUCUGGUCGACCACAUAGCAGCCCACAUUGGGACGAUACGGUGCGAAAUAUGCCAGAAGACCUACAAAUCCAGACGCUACUUGGGACUACACAUGGCUAAGGCGCAUGGCAGCGAGGAGGAUCGACCGUACAAAUGCGAAGUGUGUCAGCUUUCCUUUCCAAAGACGUAUCUCCUGAAAACGCACCAGACGUUGCAUGUCCGAAAACAGUGCGACCUGUGUAAGAAAGUGCUGUCGAGCCAACAAUCGCUAAGGGUACACAUGGCACAGAUGCACAGCGACGAUAACCAGCAGAUUUGCGCUACCUGUGGUAAAACGUUCCGCACCAAACAGGCCAUGGAGCGGCACAUCAAGGAGCAUAGGGGGGAGGAGCUGGUAGACCGGAUGCAAUGCGAGUAUUGCAAGAAGUGGUUCAAUGGGAAGUACAAUCUGCGGAAGCACAUCCGUUUCAUUCACAGCGAGGAUGGACAGGUGUUCCGGUGCGAUAUCUGCCAGCACGAAAGCCCCAAUAGCCGUGCGCUGCAGAAUCACAAACAGCGCAUACACGUGGAGGAGAAGUUCCAGUGUACGUACUGUGGCAAACGGUUCAAGCGGAAGCCCAGCCUACGCGAACACAUGGCCUCUCACACCGGCAAGCCACUCUAUUCGUGCGAAGUCUGUGGCAUCACCUUCAACUCGAAAGCCAACCGUUUUAGCCAUCGCAAAAAUAAGCACCCAGUCGAAUGGGAAGCUAACAAGCGGUUAAAGGAACAGAGACAAUUAAGUAAGAAUUAAGUAUUAGCAGCCGCACGGCUGAGUUCAGUUAGGACCGGCUAAGACCUAACGGCUAGGACAACGAACGGUUGUGUGCAUUUCGUCCCGCACUUUCGUAUUUGACAGGAUGUGGCCUUAUGGAUCCGUUGUGUAUGAGCCUAGGUGACAGCGCCACAACAAACAAAAUAAAU